AUGGCUGCGAGGGGCGUUUCGGUGCUCAAAUUUGUCGGUACUGUGUCGCUCGGUGUCCUGACGGGCGUCUCCUACGCGCUGUCCUCCCUCACCAUCCCCGCGCUCCUGACUCUUCCCUCCGCCAGCACCGCCGCCCGCGCCUUCGACGCCCUGACCACCACGGCAGCGCGCCACCUCCGCUCGCUCGCUGCCGUCUCCUCCUCGGCCUUCGCCCUCGCCUACGUCCUCUCCCCGCGCCCGCUCCGCCACCCCUACCUGCUCUACGCCUCGGCCCUCGUCCUCGGCUCGCACUUUGCCGCCUCCGACCUCCUCGCGCCGUACCUCCUCGCCCUCGGCCCGGCGCGUCCUUCUCCGGCGGCUGCCACCACCGCCACCACGAGCAAGGACAAGCAGAAGGAGAAGGAGGGGCGCGCUGCGGCGGCCAGGGCGCGGAUGGAGGCCAGCUACGAGGUGCUGGGCACCGGUAUCGGGUCGGAUGCGCACAGCGAGGGCAGCGCUACCGGGGAGGAGAUGGAGGGUAGUGAGGAAGCGGCUGAUGUCAAUGGCGAGGAGGUGAGGGCCGAAGUUGAGGCGUUCCUCAAGAAGCAGAUUGUUCGAAGCGCGCUGGCUGGGCUGGGUUUCCUGCUCUCGGUUGUGGGAAUCUGGGGCGAUGGCGUGCCGCCGGUUAUUGGUGAUGCCGUGAUUAUUGAGGUCUAG